UAGUUAUUAAUUCAAGUAUUACGAUCCUAUACUAAAUUAUUUUUUUGCAGCUAACUUUAAAGCUUCAUCUAAUGAAGCUUGACUGAUAAUCAGUUAAUUAUUAGUACCAAUGAUACCUUACCCAUUUCGUAUUUCUUUUUCAAUUCACAGCAAGCUCUGCGCUCCGAGUAGAAAUUCGAUGUUAACGGGGCGCCGUCCUGAUUCGUUGCGUCUGUACGAUUUCUAUUCAUACUGGCGAGACAGCGUUGGAAACUUUACUACGCUACCCCAAUUUUUUAAACAAAAUGGCUACGACACGUACUCUGUUGGAAAAAUAUUUCACCCAGGCGCCAGUUCUAAUUUUUCUGAUGACUUCCCAUAUAGCUGGACAGAACUACCAUACCAUCCUACAACUGAUAAAUAUAAAGACGCCGCCGUAUGCAAAGAUAAAAUAACACAUAAACUGCAAAAAAAUCUUAUAUGUCCAGUUGAUGUUAAUAACCAACCUGGUCAUACUCUGCCGGAUUUACAAACUUUGGAUUACGCCGUAAAUAUAUUACAGGAACGAAGGAACAAUAGUCGUCCAUUCUUGCUAGCUGUGGGAUUUCAUAAGCCACAUAUACCUUUAAAAUUUCCACAGGAAUAUUUAGAAAGAGUACCAAUAGACAAAAUACUCCCGCCCAAACAUCCAAACCUACCAAAGGCCAUGCCAACCGUCGCGUGGCAUCCAUGGACCGACGUCCGACAAAGAGACGACAUAGCCCGACUCAACAUAUCUUUUCCCUUCGGCACAAUGCCGCUUGAGUGGACGUUGGAUAUAAAACAGAGUUACUAUGCCGCUGCGACUUAUGUGGACGAUUUAAUUGGAUCUCUUCUAAUACGACACGUCGAUUUGAAGAACACGGUCGUGGUUCUAACUAGUGAUCAUGGCUGGUCAUUAGGAGAAAACGGCCUCUGGGCUAAAUACAGUAACUUCGAUGUGGCAUUGAAGGUCCCCUUGAUUUUCCUUAUACCCGGAGUGAGACCUAACACCAUUAAUUUUCCUGUUGAGCUAAUAGAUGUUUUCCCAACUCUAGCCGAAAUUACUGGAUUGGGUAAUGAUAUCCCUCAAUGCACUAAAAAGCAUGAAACUUUAUGUUUCGAAGGCAAAAGCCUGCUGAGUUUGAUAACACAAACUGAAAAUGACAUCGAUGAAGAAUAUUAUGCAAUUAGUCAGUAUCCACGACCAAGCGUAUAUCCAAUGAAAGACUCGGACAAACCAAAACUAAGAAAUAUAAAAAUAAUGGGAUAUAGUAUAAGAACAAAUGACUAUCGAUAUACGGAAUGGGUGGCGUUUAAUAAUACGCUUUUUACAAAAGACUGGAAUAAAUUGUAUGGGUUGGAACUUUAUGAUCAUAUGACAGAUCCAUAUGAAGCACACAACGUUGCUACUAAGCAUAAGUAUCGCCAGAUUAGGAAACGUUUAUCUAAAUUACUAAGGGAAUCUGUAGGUUAAGACGAAAGAAUUAUGAUUAUGAUCUCAUAGCCCUCGAGAGAUCUCAUAGCCAUAGUUGCAUGGAUGUCUAUGUACUAUAUACCUACACUAGUUAUUAAUAAAUGGUCAGCAGUAAAGAUGCACCUUGUAGCCUUAGGUACCUACAGUCACCACAAGGGAAUUUUGAGCCACUUGUAACGUAAGAUACAUAUUUUGACUGCAAACUUUUCAUAACACCAUACUGUAUAGCAAAAUAGAGUAGAAACAAAUGGGGGCGCCACCGUCUAUGUAAAACGUUUUGCAUGUGGCAAAUAUAAUACGUAGGUACUUUUGUACGAGAACAUUAAGUGUUGCUAUGAUAAAAAAAAUAUUUCUACUCUAUUUUGCCAGGCUGUAAAUAAACAUAAGUAACUAGAUACAUAUAAUAUACAUAUGUAAAUUGCAUUGAAUUUAUUACGAUAUGAAUAAAUAUAUUAUGCAAUAAAUUA